AUGAGUUACACGCUGGAGCCGCUGAGCAACCCGUCUUACCGGCGGAUGGCCGAGAGCCGGGCCACUUUCAGCCGGGCCAGCGUGUCGCCGUCGAGCGGCUUCCGUUCUCAGUCCUGGUCUCGGAGCUCGCCCAGCCCGGCCUCCUCGACCUAUAAGCGCAAUGUGGGCCCAGCGCGGACUUCUUACGGCUCGACGGUGCUGAGCUCCACCGAGAGCCUCGAGCUCAGCCAGUCGUCGCUCUUCAACGGCGGCGGCGGGACGAUGGAGAUGAAGUUGUCCCGCUCCAACGAGAAGGAGCAGCUGCAGGGGCUGAACGACCGCUUCGCCGGCUACAUUGAGAAGGUGCACUCGCUGGAGCAGCAGAACAAGGAGCUGGAAGCCGAGCUGGGCGCCCUGCGGCAGAAGCAGGUGGGCCGCUCGCAACUGGGCGUCGCCCUGGAGCACGAGCUGCGCGAGCUCCGCGUUGCCCUGGAGCAGGUCAACCACGAGAAGGCGGCGCUGCAGCUCGACUCGGACCACCUGGAGGAGGACAUCCAGCGCUUGAAGGAGCGCUUCGAGGACGAGGCGCGCCUCCACGAGGAUGCCGACGCCAUCACCCGCGCCCUGCGGAAGGACAUGGAGGAGGCGUCCAUGGUGAAGGUCGAGCUGGACAAGAAGGUGCAGUCUCUGCUGGACGAGGUGGCCUUCCUGCGCAACAACCAUGAGGAAGAGGUGGCCGAUCUGCUGGCCCAGAUCCAGGCCUCGCACGUCUCCGUCGAGCGCAAGGACUACCUGAAGACCGACCUCUCGGCCGCCCUCAAGGAGAUCCGCUCCCAACUCGAGUGCCACUCCGACCAGAACAUGGUCCAGGCCGAGGAAUGGUUCAAGUGCCGUUACGCCAAGCUCACCGAGGCUGCCGAGCACAACAAGGAAGCCAUCCGCUCCGCCAAGGAAGAGAUCUCCGAGUACCGGCGGCAGCUCCAGGCCAAGAGCAUCGAGUUGGAGUCCGUCCGCGGCACGAAGGAGUCCCUAGAGCGCCAGCUGAAUGACUUUGAGGAACGCCACAACCAGGAUCUCUCCACUUACCAAGACACGAUCCAACAGCUUGAAAAUGAGCUGAGAGGUACAAAGUGGGAGAUGGCCCGUCAUUUGAGGGAAUACCAAGAUCUCCUCAAUGUCAAGAUGGCUCUCGAUAUCGAAAUUGCUGCCUACAGGAAACUUCUUGAGGGUGAAGAAACAAGAUUCAGUGCCUUUUCUGGAAGCAUCACUGGGCCAACAUUCACACAUAGGCAACCUUCCGUAACAAUAACUACCAAAAUACAGAAAUCAAAAGCUGAACCACCAAAAUUAAAGGUCCAACACAAGUUUGUAGAAGAAAUAAUUGAAGAGACCAAAGUAGAGAAUGAGAAAUCUGAAUUGGAUGAAGCUCUUGAAGCCAUGGCUGAAGAACUGGCUGCAGAAAGUCUAGCAAGUGAAGAAAAGGAGGAGGAAGUUCUAGAAGAGGAAAUUAUAGCAAUGGAAAAGGCUGAAGUUGCAGCUGCAGCCCCAGAAGAGGAAGGAGAAGAAGAGGAGGAGGAGGAGGAAGAGGAAGGUGCGAAAUCUGAUGAGGCACAAGAAGGAUCAGAAAAAGAAGACGAAAAAAGUGAAAAGGAAGAAGGUGAGGAAGAAGCAGAAGAAGAGGCAGGUGAAGGAGAAGCUGAGGAAGCUGAGCCUGAAGUAGCAGAAGAGCCUGAAGGAGAUAUAGAAGAAGUCAUUGCACCAGAGAAGGUAGAAAAGGUGAAAACAUCUCCUCCUAAAUCACCUCCCAAAUCACCUGUGACAGAAGAAAGUAAAGAAGAUGAAGGGGGUGAUCAAGAGGGCGAGGCAGUAGAAGAGGAAGAAGAAGAAACAGAGAAAGCAGAAUCCCCAGCAAAAAUAGCAUCUCCUGAAAAACCAAGCACUCCAGACAAAGGAUCUCCAGGGAAAGCAGGCAGCCCAGAAAAGGCUGGGACUCCAGAGAAAGCAGGAACUCCAGAGAAGGCAGCCUCCCCAGAGAAGGCAGGGACUCCAGAAAAAGCAGGAACUCCAGAGAAGGCAGCUUCUCCAGAAAAAGCAGGGACUCCAGAGAAGGCAGGGACUCCAGAGAAGGCAGCUUCUCCAGAAAAAGCAGGGACUCCAGAGAAGGUUGGAACUCCAGAAAAACCAGGGACUCCAGAGAAAGCAGCCUCUCCAGAGAAAGCAGGGACUCCAGAUAAGGCAGCUUCUCCAGAGAAAGCAGGGACUCCAGAGAAGGCAGCCUCUCCAGGGAAGGCAGGGACUCCAGAGAAGGCAGCUUCUCCUGAAAAGCCAAGAUCCCCAGUGAAAGACGUGGAAGAGGUUAUCUCCACCACAAAGGCAACCACGGUUGGUGCAGGAAAAGAAUCAAAAGAAAAAAGUUCAAAGGAAUCAACUAAAGAAGACAUAGCAAUCAAUGGGGAGGUUGACGAUAAGGGGGAGGAAGAUGACUCAAAGCAAGAAGAAGAUAAAGGUGUCAUCACCAAUGGUCUGGAUGUGAGCCCCUCUGAAGAGAAGAAGGAGAAGAGCGAAGAGAAAGUUGUGGUGACCAAAAAAGUUGAGAAGAUCACCAGUGAAGGUGACGGAACCACCACCUACAUCACCAAGUCUGUAACCGUCACCCAGAAGACAGAAGAACAUGAUGAUGCCGUGGAGGAGAAAUUGGUGUCCACCAAGACGGUGGAGAAGGUGACUUCUUCACAUGCCAUAGUCAAAGAAAUCAAGGAAAACGGUGACUAA